UUUUGGAGGAAAUCGUCAUAAAAGUAUUUCCGAUAAAAAAGAAUGAAAUUUCCUACAUUUAUUCUUUCUGUAAUUUUGGCUCUUAAUUGCAUAAAAGCCAUUCAAUCAACGAAUUCUUUUUUGGAAUCCAACAGCAAUAUUAAUCAAAAUAACGAUGAACCUUUAGAUAAAACUUCUUCCUUAAAAUCUGACGUUGCUCAUCUUCAGGACAUUUUAAGCGAAGGAACAAGUUAUCUGGUAUUUAGUAGGGAUAGUAAUCGCAUCCGUGAUGCACUCAAAGAGCAAACAACUUCUAACAGUGCAGCAAGUAGUCUCUUAAAUAGGGUAGUUGAAGGAAAAAAUUCUUUGUUGUCAGGGGAUACAACACGUCUCUCAGGAGGAAAAAGCAUUCUCGGAAAUGGAAUUACUACUUUAACUGGCGGACUAAUUGAUGGAGCUAGCCGCCUUGGCGAUAGCGUUAUAAAUGGAGCCACCAGUUUUACCGGGGGUGUAAUCAAUGGUGCUAGUCGUCUAGCUGACGGGAUAAUUAAUGGGGCUGGUUCUGUUCUAACAGGUGGAAGCGGCCUAGUUACAGACAGAAAUCGUAACGGGAAUUCGUGGUCUGCAGGUCAUAAUGGCCGUUUAAGUGAACAAUCAGACUCUAGUUCAUGGUCACUUGGAAACGGAAAUUCCUUAACCGAUAGACUUCGCGAUGGCUUAAUAUCUGGAAGUAAUGGUCGACUUGGAGGUUUAGGUUCUGGAUCACUUGGAAGUAGAAAUUCUUUAACCGAUAGACUUCGCGAUGGUUUGGGAUCUGGAAGCAGUGGCCGUCUCGAUGGUUCAGUUUCCGGCUCACUUGGAAGUGGAAAUUCCUUAACAGAUAGACUUCGCGAUGGUUCAGUUUCUGGAUCACUUGGAAGCGGAAAUUCACUAACCGAUAGACUGCGAGAUGGCUUAGGAUCGGGAAGCAGUGGUCGCCUCGAUGGUUCAGUUUCUGGAUCACUUGGUAGCGGAAAUUCACUAACCGAUAGACUUCGCGAUGGUUUGGGAUCUAGAAGCAGUGGCCGUCUCGAUGGUUCAGUUUCCGGCUCACUUGGAAGUGGAAAUUCCUUAACAGAUGGACUUCGCGAUGGUUCAGUUUCUGGAUCACUUGGAAGCGGAAAUUCACUAACCGAUAGACUGCGAGAUGGUUUAGGAUCUGGUGGCAGUGGUCGUCUCGAUGGUUCAGUUUCUGGAUCACUUGGAAGCGGAAAUUCACUAACCGAUAGAUUGCGAGAUGGUUUAGGAUCUGGAAGCAGUGGUCGUCUCGAUGGUUCAGUUUCUGGAUCACUUGGUAGCGGAAAUUCACUAACCGAUAGACUGCGAGAUGGUUUAGGAUCUGGAGGCAGUGGUCGUCUUGAUGGUUCAGGUUCUGGAUCACUUGGAAAUGGAAAUUCUUUAACCGAUAGACUUCGCGAUGGUUUGGGAUCUGGAAGCAGUGGCCAUCUCGAUGGUUCAGUUUCCGGCUCACUUGGAAGUGGAAAUUCCUUAACAGAUAGACUUCGCGAUGGUUCAGUUUCUGGAUCACUUGGUAGCGGAAAUUCACUAACCGAUAGACUGCGAGAUGGUUUAGGAUCUGGAGGCAGUGGUCGUCUCGAUGGUUCAGGUUCUGGAUCACUUGGAAAUGGAAAUUCUUUAACCGAUAGACUUCGCGAUGGUUUGGGAUCUGGAAGCAGUGGCCGUCUCGAUGGUUCAGUUUCCGGCUCACUUGGAAGUGGAAAUUCCUUAACAGAUAGACUUCGCGAUGGUUCAGUUUCUGGAUCACUUGGAAGCGGAAAUUCACUAACCGAUAGACUGCGAAAUGGUUUAGGAUCUGGAAGCAGUGGUCGUCUCGAUGGUUCAGUUUCUGGAUCACUUGGUAGCGGAAAUUCACUAACCGAUAGACUGCGAGAUGGUUUAGGAUCUGGAGGCAGUGGUCGUCUCGAUGGUUCAGGUUCUGGAUCACUUGGAAAUGGAAAUUCUUUAACCGAUAGACUUCGCGAUGGUUUGGGAUCUGGAAGCAAUGGCCGUCUCGAUGGUUCAGUUUCCGGCUCACUUGGAAGUGGAAAUUCCUUAACAGAUAGACUUCGCGAUGGCUCAGUUUCUGGAUCACUUGGAAGCGGAAAUUCACUAACCGAUAGAUUGCGAGAUGGUUUAGGAUCUGGAAGCAAUGGUCGUCUUGAUGGUUUAGGUUCUGGAUCACGUGGAAGCGGAAAUUCCUUAACAGAUAGACUUGGUGAUGGUUCAGCUUCUGGGUCACUUGGAAGUGGAAAUUCUUUAACCGAUAGACUACGAGAUGGUUUAGGAUCUGGAAGCAGUGGCGGUUUCGAUGGUUCAGGUUCUGGAUCAUUUGGAAGUGGAAAUUCCUUAACAGAUAGACUACGCGAUGGCUUGGGAUCUGGAAGCAGUGGCCGUCUCGAUGGUUCAGUUUCUGGCUCACUUGGAAGUGGAAAUUCUUUAACCGAUAGACUACGAGAUGGUUUAGGAUCUGGAAGCAGUGGCGGUUUCGAUGGUUCAGGUUCUGGAUCACGUGGAAACGGAAAUUCCUUAACAGAUAGACUUGGUGAUGGUUCAGCUUCUGGGUCACUUGGAAGUGGAAAUUCUUUAACCGAUAGACUACGAGAUGGUUUAGGAUCUGGAAGCAGUGGCGGUUUCGAUGGUUCAGGUUCUGGAUCAUUUGGAAGUGGAAAUCCCUUAACAGAUAGACUUCGCGAUGGCUCAGUUUCUGGAUCACUUGGAAGCGGAAAUUCACUAACCGAUAGACUGCGCGAAGGUUUAGGAUCUGGAAGCAGUGGCCGUCUCGAUGGUUCAGGUUCGGGUUUACUUGGAAGUGGAAAAUCUUUAACCGAUAGACUUCGCGAUGGUUUGGGAUCUGGAAGCAGUGGUCGUCUCGAUGGUUCACGAUCUGGGUCACUUGGAAGUGGGAAUUCUUUAACCGAUAGACUUCGCGAUGGGUUGGGAUCUGGAAACAAUGGUCGCCUUGGUGGUUCAGGUUCUGGAUCAGUUGGAAGCGGAAAUUCACUAACCGACAGGCUAGUUGAUGGUUUAGGUUUUGGAAAAGGCGGUCGUCUUGAUGGGUCAAAUUCUUGGUCACUAGAUAAUGGAAAUUCUUUAACCGACAGACUCCGUGACGGUUUGGGUUCUACAGGUAAUGGACGUCUGGAUAGCUCAGAUUCAUGGUCACUUGGAAACGGAAAUUCUCUGACUGACAGGUUGCGUGAUAAUUUGGAAUCCAGAAAUGGUGGUCGUCUUGAAGGUUCAGGCUCAUGGUCACUUGGCAAUGGAAAUUCUUUAACCGACAGACUUCGCGAUAGUUUAGGAGGUGAAAGCAAUGGACGUCUUGAUGGUUCAGGUUCUUGGUCACUUGGUAACGGAAAUUCUUUAACCGACCGACUUCGUGAUAGUUUAGGGGGUGGUAGUAAUGGACGCUUUGAUGGUUCAGGUUCUUGGUCACUUGGCAACGGAAAUUCCUUAACCGACCGACUUCGUGAUAGUUUAGGUGGAAGUAAUGGACUUCUGGAUGGUUCAGGUUCUUGGUCACUUGGAAAUAAGAAUUCACCAACAGAAAAAUUGAGAGACGGGUUAGGAUCGCGAAAUAGUGGCCGAUCUAUACUAGGUGAAUUGCUAGACGGUUUAAAAACUCCAAAUUUACGAGAACGUCUUGACGAUCUUUUGCGUGACGUGACAACCAGAAGACCAGGUAGAAGUGGAGGAUUAUUGGACAAAUUGUUAGAUGAUUCAUUUGAUCUUUGGGAUAAGGGAAGUCAUCUUACCGAUCGGUUGACUGACGAAACAACCUCAGCUUUGGGUAGUGAUUUAAAAAUUGUCGGAGAUAUAACAAUACAUAUUGCAGAUAGUAUAAAAGAAGUUUCUGAAAGAACCAAACAAGCUUUGAACGACAUAAUCAAAUCUUCUACCAAUACCGUUCUCAAGGAUGCUACUGAUGCCUUCUUGAGCAAAUUUGAUGAUAUUCAAAACAGAGCUUUAAAUCUGUUGCGAGUUAGGAAUUCGAAAAUAAUUGAUUUAAAAAGAGCAAGAAACAGGGCUCUGAAAACAUACGAGAGCGAAUUGAGAACUUGGUCUGCUAAAUUAAGAAAGGAAAAUGAAAACUCAAGAGAAAUUUCGACUGUCAUUGAGAAUUAUAUAACCGAUUUGGUUAACGAUGUAAACAGGAAUUUAAGAGAUUGCAUAAAAGAGUCUGCUAAAGAUAUCGACGAAUUAUCUGAAAAUAGUAGAGAAGUACUACAGCAACCGUUGAAACUUUAUGAUAAUAUUAUAAACAAAAUUAAUCAAUGCGCUCAGUUAAAACAAGAUAAUCUAAAAGAUAUUGCAACGUGCACGAAAGAAGUUCAAGGAGAGCUUCUUCUUUUGAAUGAAAUUCCAAAACAAUUUUUCGAUUUAGAAAGAAAACUUAAAAGAGUCAAACCCGAGCCAUUAGAGCGUAGAGAUUGCGUUUUAAAUGAAAUUGAUUCUAUUCGUAAAAAACAAGGAGAAAUUGAAAACAAUAUACAUUCAUUGCAGCAAAGACUUAAUAAAAAUGCUCAAGACACUACUACAGAAGCUCCAGAGUUUUCUGUUGAAACAGAGAACAAUACUGAAAAUGAAGGAACUACUUCAAAAGGUACCGAAACUUUCACUGAAGCACCAUCUGAAGACAUAGAUGAAAUUAUAUCUGGGGAAGCAAAAGAAAAUGCAGAAAGCAGUGAAAACGAAAGAUAUAACAAUGAAGAAACAACUGUCAAUAACGAAAGUGCAACAGUUCCAGAAGGUGAUAAACAAGAAUAUGAUGUAAGUACUGUUCUAACUACGGAAGAAAACACAGCAACUGAAAAUUCAAAUGUUACUGAAUCUUUGUAUGAAAAUGAAAGCACCUCAACAUCUACAAAUUCCGGUGACGAAAUUUUAACAACUGUGUAUCAAGAUGACACCACUACAAUAUCUUCAAGAACUGUCGAUGAAAAUGGUGUUAAUACUACUGAAAUAACGAAAGAAAAUGAACAAACUAAAAGCGUAGAGGAAACCGAACCGAAUGAAAAUAAAAAUAGUCCUACAACUUCAAGAUCUUUUGAAGAAAACAAUAUUGAUAGCACUACCAUAGCAACCGAAGAAUAUGAACGAAAUGAAAGCUCAAGCGCCACCGAAUCUGCGCAUGAAGAUGGAAGUGCAUCGACAUCGUCAGGGCUUAUUGACGAAAAUGGUAUUAGUACAACACCAGUUACGGAACAAAAACCAACCAUUGAAAGCUCAGAAGUUACCGAAUCUUUGAAUGAGGAUGAAAGUAUUUCAACAUCUUCAGGGCCUAUUAAUGACAAUAGUGUCAGCACUACACCGAUAACAGACGACAAUGCAACAACUCAAAGGUCAGAGGAUAGCGAAACUGCGCAUCAAAGCGAAAGUACUUCGUCCUCUUUAAGAUCCGUUGAUGAAAAUGAUAAUGUUAGCACUACACCAACAAUAAACGAAAACACAAAAACUGAAACUUCAGACGAUUCCGAAUCAGAUAAUGGAGGUGACAUCUCAACAACUUCCACAUCCAUUGAAGAAAAUGAUGCUGGUACUACAUCAGUAAUACAAGAAAAUACAACAGCUGCAAACUCAGAGAUUACCGAAUCUUCGGAUGAAAAUGAAGGUACUUCAACAUCUUUGAGAUCGACCGAUGAGCAUGAUGCAAAUACUAAUUCAGAAACGGAAGAAAAUGCAAUAACGGAAAACACUGAAACUACCGAACAUAAAGUAGACGAUGAAAGCAUUUCAACCACUUCUAGUUCCGUUGACGAAACUGAUAAUGUCACCACUCUUGGUGCAAAUGAAGAUGAAACUAAUUUAAAUACGGAAGAAACUAAUCCAAGAACAGAAAAUGAUAACACUAGUGACGUAAAUGCAGAAAGUACUACACUGAGAGUUGAAGACAAAUCUCUUAAUGAAUCUGAAAAUGAAAAUGACAGUAUAACAUCUACAACAACUUCAGCAAUUGAGGAACAAACAGUUGCAACAGAUUCCUUGAAUGAAGAACAAAAUACACCCGUAAUAGAAACUAGUGACGAAGAAAAUGAUUCUACUACUCCAAAAAUUCAGGAAGAAAUCACAACCGCCGAAUCAAUUACGGAUGAUGAACAAGAACACCCUGAAGUUAGUACAAAUGCUCCAUCAAUAGAAAAUAAUACAUGCAGAGUUGUUUGUGGAUCUAAUAACGAAUCAUUGUUAUCAAGUUUGGAACCACAAUUACUAGAAAAUUUAAAAAAUCAAGUCAAGGAAUGUUUAAGUAAAUCGUUGUCACCAGAGUUGUUGCAUCAAUUGUCACAAAUUUUAGCUUGAAGAAAAAUAAAGAAACAUUUUUCCUAAAAACAAAAAAAAAAUUAAAUUUUUGUAACUGUCACAGUUUAUCAUUAUUAUUUACUUUUAGGGCAAAUUUUGUAGCAAUUAUUUAUACAAUAAAGUAAAGAAAAAAUUA